AUGAAGUCGUACCGUAUUCUACGUCGCCUUGUCAAGGUGGAUAAGCUCCCAAGGUUCACCAACAACAUAGCUAUCACAGCAGCAUGUAGGGGCUUUUCGACUGCUGUCCCUUCAGCCGGCACGCUUCCUCUAGCCGGUAUACGGGUUUUGGAUAUGACUAGGGUUCUUGCUGGACCCUACUGUACUCAAAUACUCGGAGAUUUAGGAGCGGAGGUGGUCAAGAUCGAACAUCCAACGCGAGGAGACGACACACGAGCAUGGGGCCCUCCAUAUGCAAAAUACACAGAUGAUGCAAAAGAAGGCCCGGGGGAAAGUGCAUACUACUUAGCUGUCAACCGAAACAAAAAGUCAGUUGGGUUAUCGUUUGCGCAUGAGUCCGGCAUCGAGAUCCUCCAUAAGCUUGCAAAGGAGAGUGAUGUGUUUGUGGAGAACUAUAUCCCCGGCUCAUUGAAGAAAUAUCAAAUGGACUACGAGUCCCUCCGAGCUAUAAACCCGAAAUUGAUCUAUGCUAGCAUUACUGGCUACGGGCAAACAGGACCAUACAGCCAACGUGCUGGCUAUGACGUGAUGGUUGAAGCGGAGAUGGGAUUGAUGCAUAUUACCGGAUCGAGAGACGGGCCUCCAGUAAAGGUUGGAGUUGCGGUAACAGAUCUAACAACUGGUCUAUAUACGUCGAACGCCAUCAUGGCCGCACUUAUUGCUCGGGGUAGAACUGGGAAGGGUCAACACAUUGAUGCUUGCUUGAGCGAUUGCCAAAUAGCGACGCUAACAAACCUUGCAAGCUCGGCGCUUAUUAGUGGGAAGAAGGACUCUGGAAGAUGGGGAACAGCUCAUCCUUCCAUCGUUCCAUACCGAAGCUUUAAAACGAAAGACGGCGACAUUCUCCUUGGCGGCGGAAACGACAGACUCUUCGGUAUUCUAUGUGAUAGACUGGGUCAUCCGGAGUGGAAGACAGACGCUCGUUUCAUUACGAAUGCCCUGCGUGUUAAAAAUCGGGAGAUCAUCGACAAACUCAUUGAAGACCUCACAGAGCAGAGGACAACCAACGAAUGGUUGGAUAUCAUGGAAGGCAGCGGUAUGCCCUAUGCAGCCGUAAACGAUAUACAGGGUGCUCUAAACCAUUCUCAUGUACUUGCUCGAGGAAUGGUACAGGAAGUCGACCAUCCAGACUGCGGACCUAUCAAACUCGUUAAUACUCCGGUUAAAUACUCUCAUGCUACACCGGGUAUUAGAUCACCACCUCCAACGCUUGGGCAACACACUGAUGAGGUACUAUCCAGUGUUAUGGGCUACAGUAAAGAAAGGAUAGCCCAGUUAAAGGCAGACGGGGUUGUUUCAUAG